CCUAAAAAUUGGUCUUUUGGCCAGAACCUAUAUAUCUUACCAAGAAAGGAGAGAAACCAUGCAAGACUGCAUCAGGAACAGGCAAGGUCUGUAUCUCUUCCUCUUAUUCUCUGUGUCUAGAGUGAUGUGUAUCUCUAUACGCUAUUCUGUGCCUGAAGAAAAGAAAAGUGGAUUUCUGGUGGCUAAUGUGCUGAAGGAUUUGAAACUGAGAACAGGGGAGCCCUCUGCUCGCAGAGCCCAGCUAGUGUCCAAAAGCACACAGCAAUAUUUCCACCUUGAUACUCACUCUGGGAAUCUGCUGAUAAAUGACAAAGUAGACAGGGAAGCUUUGUGUGGUGAGACUGAUCCGUGCUUGCUGCUCUCUGAAAUUGUGCUUCAAAACCCCUUAAAGAUCUACAGUAUAGAAAUAGAGAUAGAAGAUGUGAAUGACAAUACUCCCAAAUUCUCAAAAAAGGAAUUCAAUAUAGAUAUUCCAGAGAAUGUCCCUAUCAGCACCCAAUUCCCUUUGGAAUCUGCACAAGAUACAGAUUUGGAUAAAAAUAACGUCCAAAACUACACUCUCAGCUCCAAUGAGCAUUUCUGGCUCCAAGUAAAAAGUGAUGAAAGUGGAAACAAAUAUUUGGACCUUAUUUUGGUGAAACCUCUAGACAGGGAAGAAGCAGCAGAGUUUGGACUGACUCUCACAGCGGCAGAUGGAGGGGAGCCACAGAGAACAGGCACAGUUCAGAUAAAUAUCAAGGUUUUGGACAUCAAUGAUAAUUUCCCCCAGUUUACUCAUUCUGAAUAUAAAGUAAGGUUAAAGGAAAACAGCCCUAGGGACACCCUGGUCUCCAAAGUAGAAGCCAGAGAUUCAGAUUUUGGCUCAAAUGCACAAAUAAUGUACUCAUUUGAUCGGGUACCUGAAAAAAUACACCGUUGCUUCCACUUAAAUGAUCUCAAUGGGGAAAUAACUGUUUUGGGACAAAUUGAUUAUGAAAAAGAAACCAGCUACAGCAUGAGCAUCAGAGCAACAGAUGGAGGGGGCCUUUCAGGUCACUGCAAGGUCCUGGUAGAGAUUGAAGACGUGAAUGACAAUGUUCCUGAAGUGUCAGUCAUAUCCAUCACUAGUCCUUUGGCAGAAGAUUCUCCCCUGGAGACACUUGUGGCUCUCUUCAGUGUCACAGACCGAGACUCUGGUGAUAAUGGCAGAACCGUGUGCUCUGUGGAGGUAAACCUUCCCUUUGUCUUAAAACCCACGAUGGAUAACUAUUACCAACUUCUGGUCCAAAGCUCCCUGGACAGAGAGAAAGUCUCAGAAUAUAAUAUCACCAUCACAGCUGUUGACCAGGGCUCUCCUAGGCUCACUUCAACUAGAAUUAUUAACAUUCAGAUCUCAGAUGUCAAUGACAAUCCUCCAGUAUUUGAAAGGUCUUCAUGUGAAAUGCAGAUACGGGAAAACAAUAUUCCAGGACUGCUCAUUGGCUCAGUCCAUGCUUCUGAUCUGGACAAUGAGAAGAAUGCCAAGGUCACCUACUCCCUUUUGCCUGGGAAGGUCACUGAUGGCCUUGUGGCCUCUUACAUCUCAGUCAACUCUGAAAGCGGAAAUCUGUAUGUCCUCCGAUCUCUGGAUUAUGAGCAGAUCAAAGAUUUUAAAGUGACGGUGAGGGCUACUGAUGGAGGGUCUCCUCCCCUCAGCUCAGAAGUUACUGUUCGAGUCAUAAUCGUAGACGAAAACGACAACGCUCCCUUCUUCCUCUACCCUCUUCAGAACAGCACAUCCCCCUGCAAUGAGCUGGUCCCCAACUCGGUGGAGGCCUGCUACCUAGUCACCAAGGUGGUGGCUGUGGAUGGAGAUUCUGGCCAGAACUCGUGGCUUUCCUAUGAGCUGCUGAAGGCCACAGACCCUGGUCUUUUCAGCAUCGGAGCCCAGAAUGGGGAAGUGAGAACCAGGAGAGCCCUGACCGAGCGAGACACCAGCAAGCAGAGACUCAUGAUAGUGGUGAGGGACAACGGGCUCCCUCCCCAGAGCAGCACUGCAAUGCUCCAUGUCCUUCCCGUGGGUGGCUUUUCGGAUCCUUAUAUGAAGGCUGUGGAGGUCAGUAAAGAGGAACACGAAGAAGAUGGGACCUUGACCUUGUAUUUGGUGAUCUGCCUGGCUGCAGUCUCCUUUGUGUUCCUCGUCUGCAUUGUUUCCUUUGCUGCUCUCAAGAUCUGCAGGAGGGAUCCCAGGGAAAGUUUUAUCGCUGCCCCUCCUCACUUCCCACCUGCCAGACCCGACAUCCCAGAGAACUGUGGCGAUUCUCAGAGCGGGUCGCUUUCCAGGAGUUACCACUACGAUGUUUGCUUAACCGGUGGGUCCUUGAGCAGCGAGUUCAGGUUCCUCAGGCCCCUCAUUCCUGUUUUUUCUGUGGGGGACCCUAACCUCAAUGUGAACCAGACCGCUCCUUCGACUUCCCAAGAUAUUCCUGACCAGGUGGGGAAAGAAGAAUCGGGGAAACAGGUGAGCAAUUAGUAAUUAUAGUUGUAGAAAGCAUAUUACAUCAUAAGUGACUUUUCUUAUCUGUUUCUUCAAAUCAUCCUAUUUUGGUUAAUUCUUAAUGUUGCAGUUUGUAAAUUUUAAAAUGCAUCUUUUAUAGCCAUUUAAUAAUAUUUGUCCUUGCCUUUCUUUUUUAACCCACUUACUCUCUUCACUUGGAGCUAUUUUAGUUCCCUUGAACCUUUCUUUGAUCUUCUGUUAUUUUUAGUUUUCAGGGCAUUAUUGUUUUUACUUCUCUGUAGAACAGGGGGUUGGGCACCUUUUCCAGUCAAGGGCCACAUUCUUCUCUGGCCAACCCUCCAAGGGCAACGUGGGUAGGACUAAAAUCUAAAUGCUUAGGACCAAGUGACCUAGAACCAAAUGAUUUCUCCAUUUCUCUCCUGAGCAUCGGUCUUAUGACCCCACCUUUUCUGAAUUGCUUACAAGCUUCUCUUAAACUUUAAAAACUCUUGCCUUGUUUACCAGGAAAGUGCAGUAACAUCUCUCUCAAUCCUAGAACUGUGCCAGGAAUUCAGAAUUUUUUUAAAAAAAGUGUUUCAGUUCUUCCAAACUGUCAAUAUCUAAAAUUUAACUGGUUAACCUCACUGCCUACUUGAUAUCAAAGAACAUAUCCAAUUUAUAUCUGGUUAAUGAAGAAGCUGACCACAUUCAAUAACCUGAUAUGAAAAGGAAAAUAUUAAAUUUAGGUAUUAAGAUAUAAAGGAAGUUUCUAGAUUACACAUACUUUUAAACCAUAUUAAUUUAUGAAUUAAUGCUAUGUUUCUGUAAUCGAUUUAAGCUUCUGUAUGUUACUAGCAGUGCUUGGAAAGUUCUACUUUAUCCUGUCAAAAAAGGGAUUAGUUCUAGUUCCAGUUUGUCCCUUUACAAAAUGAAUUUGUCCAGUUCAAGUCCCAAUUCAGUCUCAACAUACAUUUUCAGCAUUCAUGAUGUCACAAGCUGCUGUUCUUAAGUAAAAGGUUCAACAGUAUAUCACACAGGUAAUAAGUUGCUUGACAGACAGAAUGUCAAAGAGUGAAGCUUUAUCAAUAAUUGUAUUUACAUAAAAGAAAAGGCUUGUCGUAAUCAAUAUUUGUAAGAUAGACAUAUACUAAAGGUGCUAGCCAUCAUUUGCUUUAUUCCCACUGCUGUACCUC